GACAGAGCCUCUUUGUUGUACUUGAAGGUUUAUAAAGAGUUGGGAUAUUACCAGUUGGCUCAGAGCUCCAACUUCUUUUUGAGAGGCUUCCCCCUGGUUGUUUUGGAUCUGCUGCUGGUGUUUUGCGCUAUUGAGGUCUGAAAGAUAUGUCCAUAACUCUGAGGGAUAUCGAGAUCCACAGAGGUCGACUUGACGAUCUAACGUCAACGAUACUUUCAAAGUCGAACCGUACUGUGCAGAUGAUCGAAGAGAAUAUGAGGCUCACCUAUGAGCUGAGGACGAGCUCUUCUUUUAUCCCGUCGUUAGAUUCUAAGGUUGAGAGUCUCAGUGCGAAGCUCGCCCAUUAUCAGCAUCUACUUACACAGUUGAACUCAUUACUUAUACGAAGCGAAUUCUUUGAAAAGCAGUUACAGAUGUAUGAGGCGCAACAGAGAGCCAAUAAGGCGCGAUUACUUGAUAGCACGUGUGACUGUGGGCAGAUCAGGAAGGAUGACGAACUUAAUUGGAAGACAAGCGAAGCAACACUGGAGAACCUCUGGCUCGAGUUCAGAUUUCUCUCCAGAAAGAUCGAUUCAGACUUCAAUUCCAAAACGUAUAAUACCUCAACGAUCACUGCAAGAUCGAAUGCUCCUAUAGAAUCAUCGCCACUGACCCCGUUACGAACAACUAAUGAAGCACCUGAGGAGCCCAUGACAUUAAAACCGAUACGGUGUGUAUCCAAAAGAGAGAAGAGCAAGAGAAGGUCAUUGAACUUGAACUUGUUGAACUAUUCGCCCAGUAUGCUAAACAAUCCAAUGAUGCUUACACCAGACUCUUCAUUCAACACGGCAAAUAUAUUUUCAGAGAGUUUCCAACAUGAUCAGGGAGAGUCCUUGUUCACAAAAAGUGACGACAAUGAAGGACAAGUGUUGAAGAUUGAGACUCCUAAGAAGCCAUGUAAAUCUUCCGAGCCCAUUCAUAUCAUCUCUCCGUUAUCUCACAAAUCGAAUGAAAGAUUGUCACCUCUUUCGAAGCGUAAGAGAUCGAAUUCUGUGCCGCACUCGAUAUCAUCGCUGUCACUCACGCCUACGACUGGUGGACCAAAAACACCUAUAAACGCUUUUUUAAGACAUGCUGUUUCAUUGGAGGCUGGUCUUGCCAUCAAAAAGAGGCAACAAUCCGUGGACGGCGAUGUCACAAAAGAUACUCAGUGGUUAAACUCACCAGUUAUGGAGAGUACCUUCAUUUCAGAUGUGAAAGGGAGCCAAGAUAUUGGACUCAUCACCCCCAAUAUCACUCCUGACAACUCUGUGGUUGUUUUCCCUGAGUCCAAAGGAGAUGAAUACGAUGUUGCUUGUAAAGGGGAUAUCAGCUUGCAGAACUUGCUCAACGACUCCUUACGGAAGAUUCCUGAACCACUAUGCAAUGAGGCUGACUUGCCUGCACAAGAAUCGUCAGAAGCUUUAGAUCCGCUGCCAACAUUCUCGCAUCGUUUGAAUAGAUCCAACUCUUGCGAUUCUAUCUUCUCCUCGAUGACCACUAGGAUCCCGGUACAUCCAUUGAGAGACUCCAAGACUCAAACUAUGAGCUGGAUGCAAAAGUUCUCAAGUGGGAACCAACGUGUUUCUGCAAAGCCUACCAAUGUUACUACACUUUCAGUGAACAACUUGUCCAUCUCUAGAAAUAGUGACCAGACUACUAAAGCUGCACUUUCAAGUCUUGUUGCACAAUCAGCCAAGCCGGAACGGAGUAAGGCAACGUCGAAUGGGUUCUCAUUUUGGUUUGGCUCAAAGAAGGCACAACCAUCAACGGGCACAGUGAGAUCCACCACUGCUAAUACCAAUAAGAACAACAGCCCAUUUGCUAACCACACAUCCACAGUUGCAUCAUCACCAAUACCUAUAUCAUCAGCAUCAGCGGCCACGUCACACAAGAUCCAUAAUAGGUAUGAAACCCUAGAGACCUCAAGGCCUCAGAAGCCUUCCGAAUCGCUCUUCUCCAGGUUCAACGCACAAACUUUCAUCCCUUCUACAUCUCUCGUCACUAGAGAGGUCGGCAGACCCGUUAAUGAGUCACAUAGAGGGGGGCCACUGAGGAAACCACACAUGGCCAUGCCUAUAAAGGGAAGCUUCUCCACACUAACCAUCGGUGCUAACAGAAGUGCUACAGUACAACACGGAGAAGGCUCUGUGCUGCUCCAAUCAUCGGUUGUCACCAGCCAAAUCAGUCACGCUGCCCUUGAAGAUGCUCUCAAGAGUGAAUUCGAAUUCGACUGACCUUUCCGUAUAAGUUUCUAAUCAAUUUAAUCGAGUA